UUCAACGAGCGGUGGUAAAUUUCAAGUCGCCGGAUUAUAUAUCUGCUGGAUCGUACGAUACAAUAUAACCAACAACAAGAAAAACAAAAAUACUAAGCUAAUUAGUGGAUACUGAUAAAGCAACUAGUAGCAAAUUAUUAUUGUUCCAUCUACAAACUACCCGGACUAUUAUUCAUUGUUUUUGUGGCCAUUGACUCGAGUUUUCACUUUAUUGGUCACCAGCUGCAAGGAAAUUGACCAACUAAUUAUUCAUAUUGUGGAGAGAUCACUGUUGCGUAUCGAUCUUAUGUGAUUCAUAAUUUGUUGGUAAUAGGUCAAGCGCACAAAUCUUCUAUGAGCGGAUUUUGACACCACUGCCAACCGUACGUACAUACAUGUAUACACAUGUCAGCUGUCCGUAUUAUUAUUAAACUAAAAAACAUCUUCGACCACAAUAAAUACUUUGUAAUUAAACAGCAAAUAGCGAGGAAUAUUUUGUAGCAGAGCUUUUUCUUACAUGAGUGUAUGUAUGCUUUAGUUGCGGCGGAUACAUUUGAGUGUUUGUUACCAACAACGUAAUCGUCAUCACACAUAGACAUUUUAAGCACACACACUUUUUCCGUUCAGCUUUUGAGAGGAGUUGAGGGGCUCACAGCAAAACAAAGAGAUAUUUAAAGUGUGCGCAUGAUUUUUAGUUUUUCUUUUUCUGUUGGCGGUCUGUGUUCUGUGCUGUGUGGUUCGGUUCGGUUGGAUUCUUUUGCAACAAGUUAAAACAUUCAACAAUUUAUUACAACCUGCCUCUUUAGUAGCCCACAACAACAAUAGCAGCAAUAAAGGAAACUAUAAAAAAAAUCAAGUUUGCGUUCCACUUCACCAUUAUACCGACCGACCGACAGACUGACCGACCAGUUGGUUGUGAGCUGUUUAUGUGGUGUGUAUUGGCAAAAAGGAUAAAGGCCACGUCACUAUGGGUUACGAUGAUGUCAUUAAACAUUUAGGCGACUUUGGACGCUAUCAAAAGCAAAUUUAUUUCCUUCUUUGUUUGCCAGCAAUUUCGUGUGCUUUGCACAAGUUAGCGGGAGUUUUCUUGUUGGCACGUCCAGAUUUUCGAUGUGUUCUGCCUUUUGAGAAUGAUACAACAUCGACAACAUAUCAGAGUUUUCCACCAGACCGUUUUAACCUAGCAUAUCCCUUCGAUGACGUUAGAAACAAAUGGCAAACAUGUGAAUAUUACGAUGUUCCGUACACCGAAGAGUAUUUGAAUGGCUCCGUGGUCGCGGUAACCAAUGCCACAAAACAAUGUGAGCACUUUAUCUAUGAUCAAUCCCUGUACAUAAAUAGUGCCGUCACCGAAUGGAAUUUGGUUUGCAGUCGAAGCUUAUUAAGUGCUACUAGUGAUUCAAUAUUUAUGCUUGGCGUUUUACUGGGAAGUAUAAUAUUUGGUCAAUUGUCUGAUAAGUAUGGUCGAAAACCGACUUUCUUUGCUUCCCUGGUGAUUCAGGUGGUUUUCGGUGUUUUGGCUGGAGUUGCACCGGAAUAUUUUACAUACACGAUAUCGAGAAUGAUAGUGGGAGCAACUACUUCGGGCGUAUUCUUGGUAGCAUAUGUUAUUGCUAUGGAAAUGGUAGGACCAUCGUACCGUCUAUUUGCUGGUGUUGCCUGCCAGCUGUUCUUCUCUACAGGUUUUAUGCUGACUGCCGGUUUUGCUUAUUUUAUUCGAGAGUGGAGAUGGCUGCAAAUAGCACUUACUCUCCCCGGCUUAUUGUUCAUGUGCUAUCAUUGGAUUAUACCAGAAUCGGCCCGGUGGCUGCUGUUAAAAGGACGCAAAGAUGAAGCAAUUAUUGUUAUUGAAAAGGCAGCCAAAGUGAAUAAUGUGAAUAUUCCGCAAGAUGUGUAUGACAAUCUAAUAGAUGAAGCUACGGAAAAGAAGAAGGAAGAAGAUGUCAAUAAAAAUCCCAAUGAAAAGGCUCCCUCCAUGUUUGAUUUGUUGCGUUAUCCCAACUUAAGGCGCAAAACAUUGAUAAUAUUCUUCGAUUGGUUUGUUAACAGUGGCGUUUAUUAUGGUCUCUCCUGGAAUACGAACAAUUUGGGUGGAAAUGUUUUCCUCAAUUUCUUGGUAUCCGGCGCUGUCGAAGUUCCUGCCUACACAUUCCUACUGCUCACCCUCAAUAGAUGGGGUCGCCGUACAAUUUUGUGCGGUUGUAUGAUUGCUGCCGGUGUUUCCCUCUUGCUAACCAUAGUCGUUUCGGAGGACAUGAAUUGGUUAAUAAUAACAUUUGCCAUGAUUGGUAAAUUUGCCAUUACUGCCGCAUAUGGUACCAUUUAUAUAUUCUCAGCUGAACAGUUCCCCACUGUAGUACGUAACGUUGGCAUUGGAGCAUCGUCAAUGGUAGCACGUAUUGGCGGUAUUUUAGCCCCAUACCUCAAUUUAUUGGGUCAAAUUUGGAAACCUUUGCCACUAAUAAUCUGUGGUGCUUUAGCAUUCGUGGGUGGCCUUUUGUCUCUUAUGCUUCCGGAAACACGUAACAAACCAAUGCCAGAAACUAUCGCAGAUGGCGAGAAUUUUGGUAAAAAACAAAAGCACAAUGACCUAAAUGAAGCAGGCGAGGAGCUAGCAUCUAUGAUUGGUACACAAAACGGUAAAAAAUAGCAUGUAUAUCAAUUGUCUUUACUGUGUUCUGUGUCCAAAGUGUCUUGUACUUAUAAAUUUCCAACUAAUUUAAAAUAUGAACAUAUCGAAUACGGCUGUGGAUAAUAAAAUGUAUUCUUAUUCUUCAAAUCAACAAACAAGUGGAGCAGUAAACGAAUUGAAAAUUGUACUUAAAUGUAAGACUUUAUUACUAAACUCUAAGGGCCUGAUACAGAAACACGACUGGAAAAGAAUUUUAAAAUUUUUGAAUGAAAAACACUCAAAAACUAUUUGAAAACUGAGAGAUUAAAAAUUGUUUCUGAAUAAGGACCUAUGACUUUAGAUCUUUUUUUUUGCUGCAUUUAAAAAAAAUCCAUAGAAACUUUGUAAUGGGUCAACCAAUAUUUUAUUAUUCCUAGCUGUUUAUGGUCGUAUAUAUAGUAUAUUCGUUUUAUUUUAUAAUAUAAAAAUUAAUAAUUUUAUAUUAGAAUUAUUAUAUAAUUUUAACUGAUUGCAAAUGUAAAUUAUUGACGAAUUUAUAUAUGUAUGUAUGUGUGUAUGUAUGUAUAAGUAGUAAAAUUAUUUUAAAUGAUCAUUAAUUCGCACAAUGUAUGCGUAGUAAUAUUUAUAAAAAAUAACAUAGAAUAUUAAUUUGUUUGAAAUUUUCCAUUUAAGAGAUAAGUUUUUUUUUACUUGUUGAUAUUGUUUUUUAUAUAAUGAACUUUUUGUGAAUAUAAAUACAUACAUAGUAAUUCAUACUCAAUAAACAUUUAAAUAAAUAAAACAUGAAAAAUUUGAAAUUUUGUUGGAAUUAGAAGAAUUUAAAUAAAA